AUGACAUGUACCCAUCUCGGAAAUAGAGAACGGCUGGCAAGAAUUGGACACAACUCCUGCAACUGUGACAACUGCUGUCGUUGCCUAAGAAUCGAUCAAGAAGAGGUGUAUAUUCCGGACAACUCUUGCAAUGAGCUUGAAACUGACUCCAAUACCCCCCAGUGUUGCAGUGGAGAAAACACCAAAGGAAGCUUCGAUACCACGACUCCUACCACUGUCACUCCCACACCACCUUCGAAUGCAGCAGGUGGAUCGGGUGGUGACAGUGGUCCGACUUUCAACCUUCAAGACUACACAGUCCCAGCACCCGUUUGCGCCAUCACUGGUGAUGACAAUGUCCAGUGCGACUUUACCGGAAUCGUCCCUGCUACUGGAAAGCUUGCCUACUCCAUCACAGACUUUGAGACCUGUGAAGGAGACGCCGCUCGUGCCACCGACAUAUCGAUCGCAGGUACUGCUACUACAACUGCUACCGCAGGAGCCGACACUGUCACCAUUGACCUCACCACCAGCUUCAGCUUGGCCGACGGGGCGUCCGAAAAUUUUGUGUUCUGUCUCUUAACAAGCUUGAGCGACAAGAACGGCAAUGAAAUGUUCUACCAGGGCCAAAAGAUCGUCGCCACCUUUGCCGCUAAUGGUGCCUUUACAGUAUCCAACAUCGCCUCCGAAAAGUUCGAGGGGAUUAAUGACCAGAUCAACAACAAUGAAAAGACUUUUGGAGUCACAGCCACAAGAUGCGAUGUCGACCGAACUCCCAUCACGGGGUCUGCAUUGGCUGUUGGUACCACCUUGUUCAUAUGUAUUGACUCCACUGAUAACAGUACUGUGAUUUCGUCGGUCGACAGCUUUGGGGCCAAAAAGGGCACUAACGUCUCCGUCACCGACUUGUUGUUAGGAAACACGGAAAUACAAGGACUCGGAACAGCUGCAGUGAUCAUUGGAACCCGUCCAUUUGCCAGGUUCUUUGCUGAUACCACGGCCUUGGACAUUUCUGGAAGCGUUACUUUGGACGUUACUGACAACGGUACAACUCGUCGUCGUCUAUUGGCUCGGAUCUUGCAAAGCGGAGAGACGGAUGAGUUUGAACUUCAGGUUGAACUAGAAGCCGUUGAGGAAUCUUCGGCUACUGGUUCAGGAGUUGGAACUGCCGCUGUUGCCUGUUGGGCGCCGUUGCUGCUGCUGCUGCUGCGAUGUAGCAACUACAUUCAUGAAGAAUAUGGUCCUAUAGUUUUCAGGUAUCAAUAUAACUUACAACAAGAGAUGUCCAAGCUUGUACCCUGUGCUGCACUAUCGAAUUAUAAUAUAGACGAGAACCAAGAAUGGAUUUUAUUAUGA